UUGCGAAUUCGCCACAUCCAUCUCUCUCUCUCUCUCUCUCGAGCUCCGAUAUCCAUUUCUUAUCUCCGUCGGUGUGUUCAGAGUUACUGUAUGGAACCGUUGGUUGUAAAGGAGAACAGCGACGUCGGCAACGCGCUCGCUCCUACUUCGUCUUCGCCGAAGAAGAAGCGACGGAUCGAUCACGCCGAUGGAUCCGCGGGUCGCGCCUGUAACCGCGGCGGGGUCGGCCUAAACAACACCGACGGUAGUGGCGGUAGCGUUGGGGAGACGCGGUUGGACAUGGCUCUUGGUAACUCGAACCAUCAGGAGAUCGAUGAGGAUCUGCACAGUAGGCAGCUUGCGGUUUAUGGGCGUGAGACGAUGAGGCGACUUUUCGCUUCCAACGUACUCAUCUCGGGAUUGCAGGGACUCGGUGUGGAGAUUGCCAAGAAUAUUAUUCUCGCUGGUGUGAAGUCGGUGACCCUUCAUGAUGAAGGAGUGGUUGAGCUGUGGGACUUGUCAAGUAACUUUGUCUUCUCGGAAGAUGAUGUUGGUAAGAACAGGGCUCUUGCUUCUGUUCAGAAGUUGCAGGAACUCAACAAUGCCGUGGCUGUCUCAACUUUGACUGCAAAGUUAACCAAAGGGCAGCUUUCCGGAUUCCAGGCUGUUGUAUUCACAGAUAUCAGUUUUGAGAAAGCAAUUGAAUUUGAUGACUACUGUCACAGUCAUCAGCCUCCUAUUGCCUUCAUCAAGGCUGAUGUGAGGGGCCUUUUCGGGUCUGUAUUUUGUGAUUUCGGACCUGAGUUUACUGUUCUCGAUGUUGAUGGAGAGGAACCCCACACAGGAAUCAUCGCAUCCAUCAGCAAUGAAAACCCUGCAUUUGUUUCGUGUGUUGAUGACGAGAGGGUUGAGUUUCAGGAUGGCGAUCUCGUAGUUUUCUCCGAGGUUGAGGGAAUGACGGAACUGAAUGACGGGAAUCCAAGGAAGGUGAAAAACGUGAAGCCGUACUCAUUUACCAUUGAGGAAGACACAACUAGCUAUGGGUCAUAUGUCAAGGGUGGUAUUGUUACUCAGGUGAAACAACCGAAGGUGUUGCAUUUUAAGCCACUUAGACAAGCACUGAAAGAUCCGGGCGAUUUUCUUUUAAGCGAUUUCUCGAAGUUCGAUAGGCCACCGCUUCUGCACUUAGCUUUCCAGGCACUCGAUACGUUUUUGUCUGAAUCAGGCAGGUUUCCAGUUGCCGGGUCGGAAGAGGAUGCUCAGAAACUUAUAGCAAUAGCAAUUGACAUUAACGAGAGUUUGGGUGAUGCCCGGUUGGAGGAUGUUAACCCGAAACUAUUACGAGCCUUUGCAUUUGGAGCUAAGGCUGUCCUGAAUCCAAUGGCUGCCAUGUUUGGUGGCAUUGUUGGUCAAGAAGUUGUGAAAGCUUGCUCUGGGAAAUUUCAUCCACUCUUCCAGUUCUUUUACUUUGAUUCGGUGGAAUCACUCCCUAUGGAACCCCUUGAUGCAAUCGAAUUUCGACCCCAGAAUUGCCGCUACGAUGCCCAGAUCUCUGUUUUCGGAUCCACGCUCCAAAAGAAACUCGAAGAUGCAAAACUUUUCGUCGUCGGAGCUGGUGCUCUCGGAUGCGAGUUCUUAAAAAACUUGGCUUUGAUGGGUGUUUCAUGCGGCAGUCAAGGGAAACUUACGGUCACUGACGAUGACGUCAUCGAGAAGAGCAACCUCAGUCGUCAGUUUCUCUUCCGAGACUGGAACAUCGGACAGGCGAAAUCCACAGUCGCAUCUACAGCUGCGGUUUCCAUCAAUCCUCGCCUCAACAUCGAGGCUCUGCAGAAUCGUGUCGGCCCCGAGACCGAGAAUGUCUUCGAUGAUGGCUUCUGGGAGAAUCUGACGGUUGUGGUUAACGCCCUCGAUAAUGUCAACGCAAGGCUUUACGUUGAUUCGAGGUGUGUGUAUUUCCAGAAACCCCUUCUCGAGUCGGGAACCCUCGGCGCGAAGUGCAACACGCAGAUGGUUAUCCCUCACCUAACCGAAAACUACGGCGCCUCGAGAGAUCCUCCCGAGAAACAGGCCCCUAUGUGCACGGUACACUCGUUCCCGCACAACAUUGACCAUUGCUUGACAUGGGCUCGGUCCGAAUUCGAGGGUCUACUCGAGAAAACUCCCGCUGAAGUUAAUGCCUACCUCUCGAACCCAGCUGAAUACACGAAUUCGAUGCGGAGUGCGGGUGAUGCUCAAGCUCGGGAUACAUUGGGACGUGUCCUCGAGUGCCUCGAGAGAGAAAAGUGUGAUUCCUUCCAAGACUGCUUAACCUGGGCUCGUCUCAGGUUCGAGGAUUACUUUGUCAAUCGUGUGAAGCAACUAAUCUAUACAUUUCCCGAAGACGCCGCCACUAGUACAGGGGCUCCCUUCUGGUCUGCCCCAAAGAGGUUCCCUCGCCCACUCCAGUUCUCUUCUUCCGACGCCAGCCAUCUUAGUUUCGUCGCAGCUGCUGCUAUUUUACGCGCCGAGACAUUUGGGAUUCCGACCCCCGACUUGGUCAAGAACCCGAAGGAACUGGCGGAGGCCGUGGACAAUGUGAUAGUGCCCGAUUUUGAGCCGAAGAAAGAUGCAAAGAUUGUGACGGAUGAGAAGGCUACAACGUUAUCUACAGCUUCGGUAGAUGAUGCAGCAGUAAUCGACGAGAUGAUCGGGAAACUCGAGCAGUGCAGGCAGAGCUUGUCUCCAGAAUUCAGGAUGAAACCGAUUCAAUUCGAAAAGGAUGAUGAUACGAACUACCACAUGGACAUGAUAUCGGGGCUAGCGAACAUGAGAGCGAGGAACUACAGUAUUCCCGAGGUGGACAAGCUGAAAGCAAAAUUCAUUGCGGGAAGGAUCAUACCCGCGAUUGCGACCUCGACCGCCAUGGCGACGGGACUCGUCUGCCUCGAGCUCUACAAGGUCUUAGAUGGAUCACACAAACUGGAAGACUACCGAAACACAUUUGCGAACCUUGCCCUACCGCUAUUCUCGAUAGCGGAGCCAGUUCCGCCGAAAGUGAUCAAUCACCGUGACCAGAGCUGGACGGUGUGGGAUCGAUGGGUCGUUCGGGGUGACCCGACGCUGCGGGAACUUCUCGGGUGGCUGCAGGAGAAAGGGCUAAACGCGUAUAGCAUAUCGUGCGGGAGCUCGCUGCUCUUUAACAGCAUGUUUCCGAGGCACAAGGAGAGGAUGGAGAGGAAAGUAGCGGAUCUCGCUCGGGAUGUCGCUAAGGUCGAGAUCCUGACUUACCGACGGCAUUUAGACGUCGUGGUGGCUUGCGAGGACGACGACGAUAACGACGUGGAUAUCCCUCUGGUGUCUGUUUACUUCGGCUGAGGAAAUUUACCGUUAAAUCUCUCUGUAUGUUGCGUGAGAGAUAGUUAUACUUUGAGGCUUUUGGUUUGGAGUGGAAAAAAGGGGAGGAAAAUACUAAACCAUUUUGUUGGUUAUAAUCGCUCGGGGUGCAAAAUGAAAAUGUUCCACCAAAUCCGUUGUGUCAUAUCUUUUUAGCUUAUAUUUUACUGGUUAUUUUUAAA